AUGAGAACUGUUUUGUUCAACGGCCCAUAUAUUCCUGAUUUUGAUGCUGGGUACAAUGUUCAGGUGAAUGGUAUGAGUGUUAACUUUUUAAAAGACCCUUUCUGCUUUAGAAAUAAUGUAGUAGAAAGCAUGUAUUAUAAGCAGCGAGAACAAAAUAAUACUAUAAAUAUGGGUGGUGAAAAUAAAAAAGAAUUGAAUCCAACUGCCUCUACAAAAUUUGUGGAGAUACCAAGAUAUACUUACGAAGAACGCAUAACAAAUAUAAAUGAUACAAUAAUACACAAAAAUACGUUUGUUCCAUGUAAAGAGCCUAUUUAUUAUUAUAACGAGAGGGAAGAAAAGGUCCCUAUUUAUGAGGCAAAACAAAUAAAAUAUUCCCCAAAAAGUGUUGAAGGGGGAGGAAAACUUGUAUGA